CAUUGCAAUGGGGGGAAGAAAGCGCUGGCAGGAGCAUCAUGUCUGCCUCCGACUCGAGCGCUACAGGACUCAUCUGCAACAAGGGUUCAGCCGAUUCCUACACUAGUCGACCCUCUGAUUCCGACCUGUCCCUGGAGGAGGACCAGGAGGCGUCUCGGCGUGAAGCCGAGCGCCAGGCUCAGCUGCAGCUGGAGAGAGCCAAGGCUAAAUCAGUAGCAUUUGCAGUGAGAACCAAUGUGAGUUACUGCGGGGCCCUUGAUGAAGAUUGUCCAGUUCAAGGUGCUGCAAUUAACUUUGAAACCAAAGACUUUCUGCACAUAAAAGAGAAAUACAACAAUGACUGGUGGAUUGGUCGGCUGGUGAAGGAAGGGGCAGACAUCACUUUCAUCCCCAGUCCAGUCAAACUUGAGGCCAUGAGGAUAAAACAAGAGCAGAAAGCAGCAGCUAGGAAAGGAGGGAACGCGUCAUCCGGAGGCUGGAGGUCCACCCCUCCAUCUGCAGCCAAACAGAAGCAGAAACAGACUGAACAUGUUCCCCCGUACGAUGUGGUCCCUUCAAUGCGGCCGGUGGUCCUCGUGGGUCCUUCGUUGAAAGGCUACGAGGUAACAGACAUGAUGCAGAAAGCUUUGUUUGACUUCCUAAAGCACCGAUUUGACGGCAGGAUCACUAUUACCCGGGUGACCGCUGAUCUGUCAUUGGCAAAGCGCUCAGUGCUGAACAAGAAAGCCAUAAUGGAGAGAUCCAACACACGCUCAAGUCUGGCUGAGGUCCAGAGUGAAAUAGAGAGGAUCUUCGAGCUGGCCAAGUCUCUUCAGCUGGUCGUCCUGGACGCAGACACCAUCAAUCACCCAGCACAACUCCUCAAAACCUCUUUGGCUCCCAUCAUUGUCUACGUCAAAGUCUCAUCACCUAAAGUUCUUCAGAGGUUGAUUAAAUCUCGAGGGAAAUCACAAAGCAAACACCUCAAUGUCCAGAUGAUGGCGGGGGACAAGCUCGCUCAGUGUCCGCCUGAGAUGUUUGAUGUCAUCCUGGAUGAGAAUCAGCUGGAAGAUGCAUGUGACCACCUUGCAGAGUACCUGGAAAUUUAUUGGCGUGCUACGCACCUCCCCUGUUCUGCCCCAGUGAAUCCCUUACUGGACCAAAGUGUGAUAACUCCACCGUCUGCUAACUCCAGCCAACAGUUUUCUGAGACUCAAGAGUUGAUAGAAUGAGCACUACUUCAGAUGUAGGAGCAGCUUGUGCUGUCAGCUGGGGUCGGACAGUCGUAGCGCACAGGGACCAGGGCACCACCAGGGGGCAGCAGCAGCAGUCCUCGUCUCUCCAAACCUGGCCACCACCUUCUCCAGCCACACCUGGGCCAAAGAAAAGAGGAAAAGCAGAGUAUGGUGAGAGAGAAGGAGCAGGAGGCUGGUGAGCUGGAAGGAGAGAAGACACAAAAAACAGGAAGGAGGAGAAUGAUUUGAUCAAUGCUGCAACAGAAGAAGGAGCCUCCACCUCACUGCUGCCCCCUCGGCAAAAGCUCCCUGCUCCCACUACCACGCGACAACUCAGGGCCAAUUUCUACAGCUCCACGUGCACUGCUAUUGCAGAAAAACAGUGUAGCAGUGCAGUUACAACUCACUCUCUGCCCCCUUUCUCAUAUUUUUCUCUCACCGUGACCUUAAACCUGUACCUCACUCCCCGCUUUUACAUUUGAAGUCACGUCUCCCACCUGACAAAGGUGCGCCAGCCUACGUUUGCUCCCACAGGCAGAUUCGCCUCUCACUGUAGCUACAUCACACACCUGUAAAGUUCAGAGGAAGUUAGCCUACAGUCCUGUAGCAUAGCAAAGCUACCAGUUUAAAACCUAUACACCCUCCCAACACAGGGUUCCAGGGAGUUUGUGUCUGAUACGCGUCCCUUAAAGACGGUGACAGAAAAUCAGCUUUGUACGUCUUCCAUCUCUGCAGCUCUCGACGAGUUGUCAUUCCAAAUGUUUAACCAAAUGUUUUCUCUACAGCACAAAUGCAAUGUCAGAGGCAUCAUGUUGUCACUUAUGUUAGAGGACUCUUACUUUCCCUCACUCGCAGCUCCUGUUUUUAUGUUAUUCUUUCUAUUGACCUUUUUACUGUAACUGUCGUUACUACUGUUUAUAAUCCGUAAGCUCACUCUCAGUGUCACUGAUCGCAUAUCUGUACACAACAGUGACGCUGAACAUGUGUAUAACGAGCACACACAUGCACAGACAGUUUAUAUGCAUCUUUGUCACAGCUAUGAAUGUAUAAACGCUGGUCCACUGGCUUAGGAAGGAUUACUUAUAAUAACUGUGGUUUGCAGAUGAUUGGAGGCAAAACCCGAAAAGGUCUUUUAUCACAUCUAAAUAUCCUAAAUACUUACACUUUACAAAAUUUGACUGUAUUUACAUGAUUUUUCUACCCCAGAGAAAAAAAAGUUUGUAAAAUUGUUUUAUCCUCCCAGAAAUAAUUGAUCACAGAUAACCAAUGUUUAACACGAGUUAUUCCACAACUGCUCCUGACUUAAGACUAACUUCAAAAUAUUCAUUAAGAUUGUUUGAAAGUAAAACUUUAAGCUAAUAAUAAUAAUAAUAAUAAUAAUAAUGGAUUUCCAACAACAUCUGUAGACAAUUAACAGUUAAAUAUUACCUCAGUGUGUCUUCUGAACGUGGUGCUUGAUGAUUGUAGCUCUAAAUUACAAUAAGCGCAUCACCGUAAGGUACGCAGCCAGGGACAUGGUUAUUUAUUUAUUUACGUCCAAUAUUUUGCUGUUACUCUCUGUCAAUAUAGCGUCAGCAUUAAGUUGCUCUGUGAAUAAGAAGCUGUGGACACUCACUACACUACACCACCGAGAAGACUUCAUCUCCUCUACAGGAACAAGAUCUCUGAGCACAUGAACUGAUUGUAAAGGUUUACUUCCUAACAAGCCUGGGAAAUUAUUUUAUUAUCACUGGACAUGAGGGUGACCUCUGGUGAUGUAUUUACGUUGGUACCAGGUCUUAUAACCAUUAUUACUUAUUCUCUGCCCACAUAGCAGGAUAUACAUUAUAUAUAUGCAUAGGCUUUAAUCAGAAACAUGUCCGAUUUCAUGUGCGCACAACCACCAGUGUUCUCGUUUCUGCAUCCAUUUCACGUCUUGCAUUGCUCACGAAAAUGAAUGCGUCUCAGUAAGCACUUCAAUAAUCGCAUUAAUGCAACCGCUUGUGUCGUUUAAAGCAACAGAAUUCAGCUAACAUAUCAUACAUAUAAAUAAUCGAAUAUAUGUGCAUGAUAUAUUGUAUUCCUGUUUCAUCAGAAGGGCUUUUUCAGAUCAGCGUCACAUGAGCCGUUCACUCUUCAGACUAAAUCAGCGCGACCUAUGUAACCACUUACAUAUGCAUUAUAAAGGCUUAAGUGUAAAUACUGUAUAUUAAAUAUGCAGAUACU